GGGAUCUGUGCCUGGCCUGUGCGGAAAGCACCUGCCUCCCACGUGGCCUCACCCAACCAGAGGGGAUUUCCGGCGACUCUCCAGCCGGCCUUUCAAGGAAAAUGAAAGUGAAAGGGAGAAGUGGAGGUUUCAGAGCUGAGCAGAUCGCUGCGCCAUGGAGCCCCUGUCUCUGCUCCUCUCCGUGGCUUUGGGCUUGGUGACCGCCGUCUCGGCGGGACCCGCGGUGAUAGAGUGCUGGAUGGUGGAGGACGCGGGCGGGGGCCGCCUGACCAAGAAACCCGCCGCACUGCUGCUGCGCCAGGGCCCAGGGAGACUACCUCCCCGGCCGGACCUGGAACCCGAGCUCUACCUCAAAGUGCGCGACCCCGCGGGAGCCCUGCAGGCUGCCUUCAGGCGGUACCCCUCGGACGCCCCUGCGCCACACUGCGAGAUGAGCCGCUACCUCCCGCUCCCUGCCUCGGCGAAUUGGGCCAGUGGCUUGACCCCGGAGCAGAGCUGCCCUCGGGCCCUGGAUGGGACUUGGCUCAUGGUCAGCGUGUCCAGCCCGAUCUUAAGUCUCUCCAGCUUCCUGAGACCAGAGUCCGAGCCUCAGCCGGAACCUAAUCUCAUCACCAUGGUAACAGCUGUGCUGACUGUCCUCACCCACACCCCCACCCCUCGGAUCCGACUGGGACAAGAUGCUCUGCUGGACUUGAAGUUUGCCUACAUGCCCCCCGCCUCUGAGGCCGCUACAUCUCUGGCCCCAGGUCCCCCUCCCUUUGGGCUGGAGUGGCGACGCCAGCACCUGGGCAAAGGGCACCUACUCCUGGCUGCAACGCCUGGGCUGAGUGAGCAAAUGCCACCUGCCCAAGAGGGGGCAGUGGCAUUUGCUGCUUGGGAUGAUGAUGAGCCGUGGGGUCCGUGGACUGGAAAUGGGACCCUCUGGCUGCCUGCAGUGAAGCCCUUCCAGGAGGGCACCUAUCUGGCCACUGUACACCUGCCAUACCUACAAGGGCAGGUCGCUCUGGAGCUUGCUGUACAGAAGCCACCCAAAGUAUCCCUGACACCGGCACCUCUUGUAUGGGCUACCCAGGGGGAGGCACCCCCCCAGUUGCAAUGCCUCGUGUCCCACUUCUAUCCCUCUGAGGGUCUGGAAGUGGAGUGGGAGCUCCGGGGUGGCCCAGAGGGCAGCUUUCAGAAGGCUGAGGGGCAGAAGUGGUUCUCUGCCCUGCUCCACCACUCAGACGGCACCGUCAGCCUCUCUGCGCACCUGCAGCCGGUCCCCAUAACUGCCGAGCAUCAUGGGGCACGCUAUGCCUGUCGUGUCCACCACCCCACCCUGCCGGCCUUGGGGCGCAGCGCAGAGGUCACCCUGGAGGUGGCAGGUCUGUCUGGGCCCACCCUGGAGGAUGGUGUAGGCCUCUUCCUGUCUGCCUUUCUCCUCCUUGGGCUCAUCAAAGCACUGGGCUGGGCUGCUGCCUACAUGUGUACUUCGAAGGAUUCAAAGGAGAAGAAAGCCCAGUGAGAACACUCACCACCAUCCUGGGGAAGCCGCCGUCAUCUCUGGUUUGAGCUACUGUACUAGCUCCACCAAAUAGUACACCAUCAUCUGCUCAUCCUCCCUCCAACCUCUCUCUCUCUCCAAGGAGCGGCUGGAAUGCUUUUUUUAAAGGACACAAAUCUAUAGCAUUUCCCUUCUUACAGCUCGAAGGCAGUGGUUCUCGAUUUUUGUUGUUGUUGUUUUUAAUCUCCGGACCACUUAAAAACGGUCAGGAACUCUAAAGAACCUUUGCUUAUGUGGGUUAUAAACUAGAUAUUAAUGAUACUAGAACUUAAAACAGAAAAAUUUAACACAAGAACACAUAAGCACGCAUUCCAUUAGCUGUGAGGACGAUGAGGUCAAUACUCAGCUGCUGGAAAACUCCACAGUACAUUGUUUUUAGAGAAUAAGAAUGAAAAAGGCAAGUAACAUCUUAGUAUUGUUAUGAAUAGCCUUAAUUUCAUAAACCCACUGAAACAGUCUCCAGGACCACUGGGACAGGCGUCACAUUUGGGGAACCAGUGCUCUAGAAGCUAAAUCCGUUCUUGUCCUGGCCUGUGCAUCUCCCACGUUGGAGCCACUGCUUGCGUCUUCAACCCCACCUGUGCCCUCCAGCCCUCCCCUCAAUGUUCACCACACCGAUGGCUAUUUCUUUUCCAACGGCUCCCACCUUCCCUGGUCUGUUCCCUUUGUCUGUUCCGCCCUCGCCCUCUCUGGGCUCCAGGACAGCCUCGUUAUUCCCUCAGACCGCUGCGUGUUCCUCCUGUGCGGUUCAUCAGUUGUAUUUAAGUGAUUGUACGAGUCGUUGUUAAAUGCCUGUCUCCCUUUCCGGACCGUCGCCUCCUCAAAGGCAAGGACGUGCCUGUCUGUCCACUGCUGUGUCCCCGCUGCGGCACAGGGCCGGGCGCCCACUGGAGGGCGCUCAUCAGAAGAAAUUAGUCUUUUUUACAUCCUAAGUAUUGAACAGCAAGUGUUGGAUCAGGUAAUUACUGGACGAAGGAAGCGGCGGCUUGGCCUAGGGACGUCCGAGGGGCAGGACAGUCGGCCAGGCCGCUGGAAUAAAGUUAUGCUCUGGUGCUCCCAA